CUCCUUCUUUCUUGUUCAAUCACAAGGUUUAAAGCUUAGAAUUCCCCUUCCCCCUGCAGGAAAUCCGGAUCUGCUCUGUCCUUCCUCCUUUGUCCGCCGGCUGCUCUUGAUUUUGGGUGAUUUCUAGGCAUUUUUCCGUCCGUGAGUUUCCCUGCAACUUGCCGCCGGCUUCUUCUUCCCCCUGCAGCUCCGGUUUUGCUUGCUGGAAUUAUGCCUGUUUUGUCUCCAAUGUGGUCAUGUUAUUAGUGACCCUGCUAGUGGGGGAGUUUAUAAACGCUAGCACAUGUCGACAUGUAUUUCUGUAGAGUCGGUUCCUCCUGCCAGUGGGAGUUGUUAAACACUGGUAUUUCAGUGACCCUGCUAGUGGGGAUUAUACACCAGCAAAUCGUGUGCCUGCCAGUGGGAGGUUUAUAACACUGGCCGUGACCUAUAGAGGAGAUGUCUAUUUUGUUCCCGUACUGUAUCCGUUUUUCGUGAUUGUACUUGUUGGCAUGCUUUAAGUUUGAUAAGGGGCACUCCAUAUUUUACUUACUGAGUUUAUCUCAUAGUUUUUCAUUGUCCACCAUUUCAAGAAGUGAAACCGAGGACGGGGAAACCAUGGGAAGUGAUGAGUUAGAAGGCUAGCCAUUUUGAGAUUGAACAUAGAUUUUAGAAAUAAAUUAUCAUCUUGUAU